AUGGCUGAGUUCUUUUACGCUGGCUCAGUCAUCCUCGUAGCAGUUCUUAUUGUGGUCAAUAUCGUACUUGCCGGAAAUGACGUCGUAACUGUGCUUAAGAAGGACCCAAACAAUACUGACUCGAAGUGGUGGGCACCCAAUUGGAUACCAGAGAGUUUGACAAUCUCUGCGACACCGGGACCUUGUCAACCCCUCACAUUGCCACAGCAUGCCACUUCAAUUCGCACAAAUUCAACUCUACCUAUCUUUGCUUAUACGAUCUUAAAUGGGCUUGGAGCGAUAACGCAUCCUAACGGGACACAAGAGGCCAAGUGGUACGAUGCAUUACCGUAUCGGUCCGAGCCACUUGAGUCCUGCACCGUUCAAAACAUUACUGCUCUGGUCAAUUUUCAAGACCGUGGAAUCACAACCACCGCCCAAAUCGUAUGCGAUAUUCAAAGCCAGAAUCCCGAUGCUCCUAGCACUCUCAAACUCUCCACAACGUUCUCACGAAUGGCCAACACUGAUUUGGGCUCUGAUGACAUUGUCGACUACAUAUCUUCCUAUGCCGUCCCUCGGACAGCUGAUAUCAGCAAAGCCCAGGCGGUACUCUUGGCUCAUGACAUCCCCGCACUCAAAAUGCUCGGAGUAUUAGAUGCUGUUGGAAGUGACAUACUAAAGGCGCUCUGGGCUCAAAAGUGGGCUUGGAAGCUUUCAGGUCGAGAUAACCAGUGGCCUGAUCAAGCGGUAGUUAAAUGGGCUGCAGAAGCAAAUUGCAUGGGCUCCGAUGGCCUGGAUAGGUGUCGGUCCUCGGGUGUUAGAGUGGAGGGCAUAGAGACCUGGUACUCGAAUACAAGGGGAUCACAGAACUUUAGUCUACCAUACCUUCGGCCGAUAAACACCACAAUGAACAACUAUUUUAUCGUGCUCAGAGACGCGCUUCAGGUAGCCUCGCAAGUUAUUGGAGUACCACGCCAACCACCAGCGAGUCCCGGGGCCUAUUCGGCAUACGAAUUCUGGAGGUCUUGUACUUGGGGUUGGGGAUGUCUGAACGGAACCUGGACCGAUGCAUUGAGAAACAACGACCCGGCUGCGAUCAAUAUCACAAAUGGCCUCCCAUUUCAUUCUUUCGAUAGCCCAUAUUCUACUGUGAUCGAUGUGGAUUAUGUGUGCCCUGUGUUUCAAACUAAGCAGCCGGGCCCCUUCCUCGUAUCCGUCUUUGUCGGUACCUUUUCGAUGUAUACGGCGUUGGCUGGCGUCUUUAUGUUUAUCGCGCCGUUAUUUGAUGAACGGUAUAGAAAAAAACGUGGCCUUAGGCAGAAUUUCUCCGAUGAAGAAGGGGAUAUACAACAGUACCAUCACCUUACCCAUCCCUUCCAGUCACCACUCCAUUCAACGGGUCCAUAUGCGACAGUAUUUGAGGUACCUGAUUUUCGGUACAAUAAUACCAGCAUGGAUACUGUUCCACGAUAUGACCCCGCUCCCGACCACCUCUUUGUGAGAACACCGCGAAAAGGAGAAGAGCUACCCCCGGGAGCCUGCACCCCAGGGAUUCCAGGAACAUAUACACCAAAGCAAUCAGUCGGAGGCCUUCCUUCGAUUGCUCAAACUAGCAAGCUCACCCUCACCCAAACGGUCUCCCGUGACUCUACGUACCCGGUUCAGUCUGCGUGGGACGCAAGUGCUCAGGAUGGUACUAUUUCGUUGGUAGGUCCCUCUGGGGCUGUCCUCACCCGGCCUCCAGGACUUUCUUCUCCGUCUCCUCCACCUGGCGAAAGCGAGCAGAGCGCGCUCCUUCAGCAAUUACGAAUGUGA